AUGGACGACUCUGAAUGUGCAAACCCCCAAUUUCUAGCUUGGGUCAAGGAGUGGCUAGACUUUGCUAGAGAACGGAAUACCAAAGGCUUCACGGCGUAUCGGAAUGCUUACGAAUCUCUCAAAGCGUGUCCCAUUCCGUUUGAGCAUCCCGCGUCGCUUCAGCAGCUCAAAGGUUUUGGACCCAAGCUUUGCGAGCGCCUCCAAGACAAGCUGAAGCAUCACUGCCAACAAAAUGGAUUGCCCAUGCCUGAGCAUCCCCAGGUGAAAAGGGCCAAUGAAAGAGCUCUCAACGAACAAACGGGAAAUGACGACGACGCAGAGUCAAGGCCCAAGAAGAAACCAAGGCAGCCCAAGGCCUAUGUCCCUGCCUUUCGAUCAGGAGCCUACGCCCUGAUAUUAGGACUCUCCAAUCUUCCCGAGGAUGCAUCUUCCAGCUUAACCAAAGCAGAACUUAUAGAGACCUCCCAGCCACACUGUGACGCCUCGUUCACUGCCCCGAGUGACCCAACAAAGUUUUACACUGCUUGGAGCUCAAUGAAGACGUUGAUUCAGAAGGAGCUCGUUUAUGAGAGAGGGCGGCCUCUGCGUCGGUAUGCAUUGACAGACGAAGGGUGGGCCGUGGUGAAGCGAAUCAAGGAGACGGCCCAGUGGCAAGAAGAAAACAGUGCCAGCGAACAGCAGGGGUCGGGACGCCGUCCACAGCUGUCAGGCACGGCAGCAAAUCAGCCCUCGACCCUGGACGCGAGGGACGCUCAGCCGGCGAUUGACGAACCAUCGUUCUAUCAGAAUGUUGUCUCAGAUGGCCCUGUCGUUUUGGAGGAUGACGAUCUACCGAGCUUCACCCCAAUUAGGAUCCCGCCUGGGUCCUUCACCGUCCACUUGCUCCUAGAUGUUCGAGAGGUCAGAGCAAAAACAGAUCGCGACUAUAUGCAGGAGGAAUUGGUCAAGCAGGGUGUAAAACCAAUCAUGAGAAGCUUGGAGAUUGGCGACGUUCAAUGGGUUGCCAAAUGUCACGACUCGACGCUGCUAUCGAGACUCGGCGCAGAAGGAGACGAGAUUGUCCUGGACUGGAUCGUUGAGAGAAAGCGACUAGAUGAUUUAAUCGGAAGUAUAAAGGACGGCCGAUUCCAUGAGCAGAAAUUCCGGCUGAACAAGGCUGGCGUGAAAAAAGUCGUCUAUCUCAUUGAAGAAAUCUCAAUGGAUGCUGCCGUACACCAGCGAUACGAAGAAGCGGUGCAAUCGGCCAUUGCGUCGACACAAGUAGUUAAUGGCUACUUUGUGAAGCGAACACAAAAGAUUGACGAUACAAUCAAGUAUCUAGCCAGGCUGACUACAAUGCUUAAGCGCACGUAUGAGAGUAAACAGCUAAACGUCAUCCCGACAAGGGUGAUUACUGCGCAUAAUUACUCCCGCCUAGUCCACCAUCUCCGCGAGAACGAACCUACGGUGGCAUAUCACGUCACUUACCCGGCUUUUGCGUCCUUGGCCUCCAAAUCAGAGACGAUGACGCUCAGAGACGUCUUUCUCAAGAUGCUCAUGACCACCAAAGGGCUCACGGGAGAGCGUGCGCUCGAGAUUCAGCGCAAGUGGAAGACGCCGUAUGACUUUGUAAAAGCGUUUGACGCCUGUGGUACAGAUGAACAAGGCAAGAAACGCAAGAGAGAACUCGUGGCCAGCGAAUUGAGCCACCUGGUUGGACGCAAGAAAAUGUCCAAGCCUCUCAGCCACAAGAUCGCUGAGGUAUGGGGGGACGCCUAG